AUGUCAUCAACAACAAACGAUUUAAUAAAGAUACCUCAAUCUACAGCUGUCGUAAAUAAGAGUCUAGAAGUUGAGAGUUCAAUAUCAGAUGAAAGUAACACGGCUGUGGUAAAUGCUUACGAUGAAGAUAUUGAAAAACAAGCAAAGAACGGAAGUGAAACUGCUACCAAUGUACCUCAAGAAAAAGGACAUAAUGCUAAUCUGUCACCAAUUCAAUUCAGAUUAGUGCUACUUGGUAUUGCAUUUGGUAUAUUUUUGGCAGCUGUUGAUCAAACAAUUGUUGCUACGGCUUUAGCUAAAAUCGCAUCAGAUUUUGAUGCAUUAAAUCAAGUUUCGUGGGUGGCAACUUCUUUUCUCUUGACAGCGACCGCUUUUCAACCAGUCUACGGUAAACUUUCGGAUAUUUUCGGGCGAAAGGCCACGUUCCUUUUUGCAAUUAUGGUCUUUGAAUUAGGCAGUCUAUUAUGUGGCCUCUCUCCAAACAUCAUUUCUUUGAUUAUAUUUCGAGCCGUCGCCGGUAUCGGUGGUGGUGGUAUUAUCAGUUUGGCAAUGAUUAUCAUUUCGGAUAUUGUUUCGCUUAAAGAUAGCGGUAAAUAUCAAGGAUUAAUUGGUGCUGUAUUUGGUAUCGCAUCUUUAAUUGGACCAUUACUUGGCGGUGCAUUCACUGAUAAAAUCACUUGGAGAUGGUGUUUCUAUAUUAAUUUACCAUUUGGAGCAGUCACGAUUGGCACAGUUGUACUAUUUCUUCGACUUCCUAUGCCAAAAGGUGGAUUCUUGGAAAAACUUAAGAAAAUUGAUUGGUGGGGAACGUUGGUUAUGGUCAUGGCCUCUAUUGCUAUAUUACUGCCAUUAAAUUGGGGCGGUGAUAAAUAUGCUUGGGAUAGUGCAGUCAUUAUCGUAUUAUUGGUGGUUGGCGCUCUUCUCUUCACCUUGUUUGGCUAUAUUGAAGGUUGGAUUGCUGUUGAACCAGUUACGCCAGGCCAUCUUUUUAAAGAUCGAGGAAUUCUCGCUUGUUACGGCACUAAUUUCUUCCAGGGUAUGGCCUUCUUGGCAAUGGUCUAUUACGUCCCACUUUAUUUCCAGGUUGUCAAAGGUGAAUCAGCUACUACUUCAGGAUUAGAACUUUUACCAUUUAUUAUGGGCGUCGUUUUUGCUAGCAUUAUAUCAGGACAACUUAUUUCGCGAUUUGAUAAAAUCUCACUACAAGUGAUUUGUAUCGUUGGCGCUAUAUUUAUAGUAGUUGGCUCUGCUCUGACUAGCCUCUUAACUGAAGAUUCUAGCCGUGGAAAACAAAUUGGAUUCUUAUUAAUUCCUGGUUUAGGUGUCGGAUUACUCAUGCAAACAACUUUACUAUUUGGUCAUUCUGCCGUUGAGCAAGCUGAUGUCGCUAUAAUUACUUCUAUAUUAAACUUUUUCCGAGCAAUUGGAACUGUAUUUGGAGUCGCCAUAGCUGGAACGAUAUUUAACAACAAACUCGCCUCUGGUUUAGAAAAUCUUCAAAUCGAUGUUCCUAUCGAAGCCAUCAAGAAAUCUGCGACAUUUGUCUCGCAACUUCCAGAACCCGCACGAGGACUAGUCAGACAUGCAUACGUUGAAGCGCUUGAUUACACCUUUAAAGUUGUGAUAGUUUUCGGUGGUCUUUGUUUCUUAUGUACGUUAUUUAUUGGGCGAAAUAGAGAGAAGAAGCAUACGGGACCGGUGAUGUUCUUGGAAUAA